CUGACCAUAUACUCAAAAGUUCUCAAAUUCUGCAUUUUAUUCAAUUCUGUUCCUGUUCUACAAUAAACUUCGAACGAAAUUGUUAUUUUUCGUUAUUAACAAGUAUAUAAUGAAUUAUUUCCAUUUAUCUGGUGUUGAAAUACGGGCGCUAAUAAUUAUCAUUAAAGUAAAUGUGUUAUUGGUAACAUCAGAAUUAGUUCCGAUUCAAAAAGGGGAUCCGUGUGAGUGGCGAAACAUUGGAGAAAACGCCAAUUUCGAUAGAUUUAAUAGCAUAUACGCAGUAACUGUUAACGAAGAACUGUUACGAAGUGACGGAUACUGUUCCGGUAAAUGUGAUGGACUUGAAUCAUGGCGUCAAUCUGUCAUUCCACCGUUACUAAGUUAUCCAAAUUCUUGUAAAGGUACAAUUCAUUACUGCUGGUUUCGAAAUGAAUCCGAAAGACGGAAAGCGGCCGAAAAACGUAUUAUCGAUGUGCAUUACAAUUAUAUAGGAUACCCCACCAACCUACUCGAUAAAGAUGGAGGACUGAGAAGGGGGUUAGACGAAGCAGAGUAUGCUCGGGAUCAUACUGGUAACGAUUGCACGUGUUUGUGCGAACGUACGCGUAAUGACGAGAUCGAUCUGCGUGGUGAAUUAGUUGAUUCCAUUUGUUAUGAUCCAAUUUCAGUGGAUCAUGGAUAUGUUGCAACUGGCGUGAGAUUCAAAAGACAUAGUAACAUAAUUUACCUUGAACUUCAACAAGGUAUAUUAUCAGCUGGACGAAUUGAUCCCAAUACUUUAAUGUGGAAAAGUUCCGUUAAAUGUAGUUCAGCAAAAAAAGUUGUUUAUGAUUGGUCAAGUAGUUACACUGGUCUAGAAAUUAUAUUAGAAGAUAUGAAAUUGCCAGAGAAUGCAGUCGUAACAGGCAUCACAUUUGGUCAGUCAUUGCGUGGACGCUAUGUUAAUGAUGAUGGCAAUUUUAAUGAUAAUGUAGAUGAAAUUGUAAAAGAAAGUCAAUGUUCUGGGAGUGUCUCUAGCUUAUCGUCACGUUGUUGGGGUUUUUUGUUACCGACGUCCUUGGUAGGAUCGAAUUACGAACUCAGUAGAUCAUGCGAAAAUAAAAUUUCAUUUUGUGGAUCUGAUGAGGGUUCUGAUUAUAUGCAACACGUUGUUCCGUAUGUUGAUUUACAGGAAAUCGUUACGGAUCAAACUUCACCUCAGCCUAUUCGUGGAAUCGGUUGGUAUUAUCGCAGUCACCCUGGCUAUGGAGGAUUUUUGGCUCUCAAGAUUUUCAAAUAAUUUUAAAUAUCCGCAAAAAAAAUAAAUGUCUCCACUAAAUAACAGUAAAAUAAAUAAAUUUAAAU